GCAAAUCCUACAGCAUCUUCUUUCGUAUUUCUAAAAAAAAAUAAUAGGUUUAUACACAUCUCUGCCUCGCCGCAAGAAUUGCUUUUGCACGACGAUAUACACACCCACACUUCCACCAUUGUCUAUACAAGCAAAGGUAAAAUUCCUUUUCUCCUGUGUUUGCGCAGAGUUCUCUUCUCGAACAACGCGAAGGAGAAGGAGCAGAGGCGGGUAUUCAAGAAGUACGCGUACGCGUUUCCACUCGAAGCUGAUCAGCUUAAAAAGUCAAAGCACAGACAAACAGUAAGUCGUGCCACUUCUUCACGCACAAUGUGGUCCAUGUUUUCGCAGGACUUCACGGACUUCGCCAAGGUGUUCCAGUCCGAGUCGGCGGGCUUUGUGGAUUACUUGGGUCACAUGGCCGCCGACGUGGUCGGCCGCGGCGACGUCUACGCUGGCGAUGAAGUGCUAAAAACGACGCAGAGCAUGCCGCUGCCUAUCGAGCUGCUGCAGCGCCUGCAGGAGGCGGAGGCCACCUACAGCCUGCCGAUCCAACCAGAAGAAAAGGACGCCUUUGCGGUGUGGAGGACGGCCAACCCCCUCAGCAGCGUAAACGCGCAGCGUCGCCAGGCUGCGGAGGCGUCCGACGACCUGUCGAAGAGCGAAGGCGGCUCUCCUCCAGGCAAGGUAGGGAUGAAGUCUCCGCCGCCAAGGCCGGCAGUCAUGACACCCAACCGCCGUUCGUCAGAGUGGCCCGAUGAGCCGAACGACGAGACACGGCAGCGGCUGUUGGACUACAACGACGUCGUGUUGCAGCGGUACAUCGCGCUUGUCGGGGAUGCCGUGAGUCCGCGUUCGAGCAUUCCGGCCUCCCCAGCCACGCCAGACACGCGACGGCGACUGACCGACCCACCGUCCUCCACGAAAUUGAACGACGACGACGAUGGGGCGGCGGGUGGGAAGGCGGGCGAGGAAGGCAAGAGCAGGACGGCCGUGGGAGGGGGUGUUAAACCGCCGAUAGCGCCGUUGUCCCCCUCUCCCUCGAGGGCAGCGACUGCGACGGGCCACGUCAUUAGCGAGGACGACUUCUUUGAUCGGUACUUCUUUCGCCUCACACAGUUGCGGGUCUCGGAGGCGCAGCGUCGUCGUGAUCGGGCGGCGCUAGACUCGGCGGAUGCCUCGCCCGUGGCGGCCUCCGCGCAGCGUGCGGUGACGACCGACAACUCUGUCCAUUCCGCCACGCCGACCUCCCCGCAGUCCCCCAGCCCGUACACCAACGCCAACGACGCCAGCCGCCGGAGCAGCAGCGACGACUUUGAUGCGGUGCCGCUCUUUGCGAAGCGCAUGAUGACAGCCGCGAGCGGCUUCGUGACGAACAUCGACAACGCGCUCAACAACGUCGUGGCGGCGGAGACGUCGCAGUGCAGAGGUGCCGGUGUGAACUUCAACCGGGUGGACUCGGAGGACGAGAGCGCCAACGUGGACCCGAGCGAACUCCAGCACUUCCGUGGGACGAAGCAGAAAAUUGCGGAUCUUGAGUCGCUCGUGCAGGAGCUGCAGGAGACACUGCGCCACGAGCGUCGCCGUGUGCAGCAGCUGACGGCUGCGCUGGUGGCUCACAACGUUGAACUACCUGCGGAACUGCCUGCUUCGACAACGAGUACCCCAGCGAAGGGCGUCACGGCAACCGUGACACCGCUGCGACAUGUCGACCCCACACCGGCGCCCGGUGCGCCUGCUGCGGCUGCGAAGGCCAAAUCUGCGGAGACGUCGCGGCUUAGCGGUGGGGGUGCCUCUCCGGCAGCCUCCACUGCCGCAGCGGCUUCACGAGAGGAAGGUACCGCCGACGAGGCCGAUGCUCAUCAUUCGCCAGCGGAAGCGCGGAAGGGGAACGGCGUUAUAUCUGUCGGUAGCGAGGAGGAAGACGACGACGAGGCGUGGGUGAGCGUGAGCCCGUCCGCCGAGCAGUCUGUACCGUAG